AUGACUCUGCUUGCUCGUAUCAAGGUCCACUCGCAGCAAAUCUGCGGUCUUGCUUGGUCCCCCAACGGCACGCAAUUUGCUACAGGAGGCAACGAUAACCUGUGCUGCCUUUUCGACGUUGACAAGGUCAUCGGCACCGAGGAAAAAGGUAGCCCUGAAGCAGAGCCGACGACAAGAUCUGAGACUGCCGCCACUGAGCCCCGCUCGCCACGCACUUCAGCAUCAAGUGAUGGAGCUGCACUCUCUCGUUCGGAGGAUGCCUCCGAACCUGGCAGUACCCGAAGCUCUGUGAAGUAUCUACCGGCAGGCUCAGCAAAGCACCGAUGGCGUCACGCCGCCGCCGUAAAAGCCAUCGCCUUCUGCCCGUGGCGCGAAGGCUUGAUCGCGACGGGUGGCGGCUCCAACGACAAAUGCAUCCACUUCUACCAUGCGUCUUCUGGUGCAGCACUGGCCACCAUCUCGGUCGCGGCCCAGGUCACGUCUCUGAUCUGGAGCACGACGCGGCGCGAGAUAGCGGCCACGUUUGGCUACGCACAGCCCGAUCAUCCGUAUCGGAUCGCCGACGGCGAACACCGCGCUCUGUACGCCAUUGCAUAUCCCGGCGGUCCGAGCGACACGUAUCGUACAAAGGAGAGAUUGAGAAGCCGCACGGCCGAGGAAGGUUGCAUCGUCGUGGCGAGCAGUGACGAGAGCGUCAAGUUCCACGAGGUCUGGAUGGCCGGGCGCAAGGCCACCACGCUGGGUAGCGGUGUGCUGGCCGGGAGUGACAUAUUGGAGAUGGGGGAGGGCAUUGAUAAGGAAGGCGACCCAUCUCCAGACAUCAUCGAGUUUUACCACCACCAGCCGCGGCCUCCUCCACAGCCGAGCGAUUCGUCCCAUCAGCGCGCCGACGAUGCAUUUGAAUACCAACCUUCUGAUGGCCAUGGUGAUGCUAGCCAGCUCGGUUUUGCAACGGUCUCUCCUCGACUGACUGGGUCAGGGGGUUACCUGGGUAAUCACACGUGCCUCACUCGGCAAGAAGGACUCAACAUAACCGCAAAAUAUGCCGAUCUCAUCGGAGCCUUCACCGUUGAGAAAGCAGAAGCCCUGCUAAGCGACGACUUCUCCGACACUAGCGAUUCGAUCAACACACUUUCGGGCAAACCACUCGGCAGCGCCACGUUCCCAACCAAAGACGACUUCAUCAGGGAGCAGUCCAACUUCCCGGCAAUCCCGCUGGACGUCAAGUCGGUGGAUGCCAUCACCUGCGACACGGUGGUCCUUCGAUGGACGCAGACUUUUGGCGAGAGUGCGCAGCCCGUGGCGGGCAUGACGGUCCUGGUCGCGUUCAAGGGCGGCGACGACGACGACGAUGACGACUGGAAGCUGAAGACGGUGUACACCGAGUUCAACAGUCUCAUCUACCUGCACGAUAUCGGAGGGAACUACACUUUACCCGCGUCGAUGGCCAGGUAG